GAAGAGAAUUAUCAGAAACUCCGGAGCUCCGACAAUGGAGCUAGUUCUGCACAUGUCCGCAAUUCCUCCCAGAGAAAACCCCCUCACCCACUACCGCCACUCCAAAUUCCUCGCAACCCAAGACCACCACACCUCUCUCUUCGCCCAUUUCUCUAUAAACCCACAAUUCCAGUCAAAAUAUCGAAGAAAUUGGACCCCAAAACUUGCGUAUGCAGCCACAAAUCAACGGUUCGGGAUCACCGAACAAGAACAAGCCCAUGAAGAAGAAGAAGAUGCAGAGGAGGAGGAAGAAGAAGAGUACGAUUUCUCGGAGGACGAGUCGUCGUUGCUGUCUCUGAGUGAGAAGCCAGACAGAAACAUGGCUUUGCUGGAUGAGUACGAGAUGGAGGAGCUCGAAGAUGCCGCUGACCCGAAUCAUCGGAGCGGGUACGUGGCUGUGCUGGGGAAGCCGAAUGUGGGAAAGAGUACGCUCUCGAAUCAAAUGGUUGGUCAGAAGUUGUCCAUUGUUACUGAUAAACCUCAGACUACCCGGCAUCGAAUUCUCGGUAUAUGUUCUGGCACAGACUAUCAGAUGAUACUUUAUGACACACCGGGUGUUAUGGAGAAGAGAAUGCACAAGUUGGAUUCGAUGAUGAUGAAGAAUGUUCGCAGUGCUGCGGUUAAUGCGGAUUGUGUAGUUGUUCUUGUUGAUGCAUGUAAAGUGCCUGAAAAAAUUGAUGAAGUGCUGGAAGAAGGCAUGGGUAACCAGACGGAAAGCUUGCCACCCAUUUUGUUGGUUAUGAAUAAGAAGGAUUUGAUUAAACCUGGUGAAAUUGCAAAGAAACUAGAGUGGUAUGAGAAAUUUACAAACGUUGAUGAGGUCAUACCCGUGAGUGCCAAACUUGGACAGGGAGUGGAAGACGUCAAGCAAUGGAUUUUAUCAAAACUUCCUUUUGGGCCAGCAUAUUAUCCGAAGGACAUUGUCAGUGAGCACCCAGAAAGAUUCUUUGUAUCCGAAAUUGUUCGAGAAAAGAUCUUUAUGCAGUACCGCAAAGAGAUUCCUUAUUCAUGUCAGGUGAAUGUCGUGAGCUACAAAACUAGGCCAAUGGCGAAGGAUUUUAUACAAGUGGAAAUUGUCGUUGAAAAAAACUCACAGAAGAUCAUUGUUAUUGGAAAAGAAGGGAGAGCUCUGAAACUACUUGCAACAGCUGCGCGGCUUGACAUAGAAAAUUUCUUGCAGAAGAAAGUCUUCCUAGAGGUUGUAGUGAAGGUUAAAGAGAAUUGGCGGCAAGACGAAGUGCUUUUGAAGAAUUAUGGCUAUGGGGGUCAAAUUCAAACAUUAUAAUGUCAGGGCCAAUCCGUAUCCAUUGGAGUACACAAGUGACGAUGGCCGUAUCAUUUUGCCACAAAAUUGUAUGUUAUCUCUGAGAUGGUUUUGAUGUCGUUGAUUAACGUAGAUGCCUCCCGUUUCCUUUUGUUUUCUGGAGUAGGGUAUAUUGUAAUCUCAUUGGGAAGAUAGUCGCAAGCAUUCCUGUAAGGCUGUAAAGCAAUGGCAUUUUCCCAGAGCCAAAGAUUUUGUUACUUGUAGAACCCCCUUCAGUCUC